AUGGAGAUUGCAUUACGAUCUAGUAAUAAAGUGCACUCGUUAGCGGACUAUAAGAUCCAGCUGCCAUUGGCGAAACGUAAACUUGGACGAAAGGAGAACUUCGAUCAUUUGGACGUUUGCUUCACGCGCAGCAAUCGCGGCAACAACUUGCUGACCAUCAAUGGGAAGCCGUUCACUCUGAACCGCAGGAUCAAGGACGCCUGCUAUUGGGAAUGCGUGAAGCUGCGCUGCAAAUACAUCAAGUAUGAUCCUCGGCUGGCACGCAGCAACAGUAGUGGUGGCUAUCGCCUCGUGGCCAAUCGUCGAGGAGGCCAGAAUCUCUUGUACAAUGGACAUAUGUACACCGUGGAGCGCAAGUAUCUGACGACCAUCAACUGGCCAACUCGAAUCGCAGCAUCAAGCUUAGUCACCGCAAACACAAUCAUCCCAGCAAUCUGUACCAAAUACACAAGUCUCGAACUAGGCCGUAAUAAACAGCUGCUCUGUACGCCUCCUGUCAAUCUGGCCCAGUAUGUGAGAUCGAGUCGCGGCACGGAUCUGGUAUUCUUUGAAGGCAACACCUACACUCCCAACGAGAAGCUGCGGGAGGGACAAAAGUCGCGGGACUGGAAGUGCUCCAUGUACCACAAGGCCAAGUGUCGCGCUCGCCUGAACACGCGGAUCACCGACCUGGGCGAUCUGAUUCACAUGACCAGCCAGAAACACACGCACACGCCCAUGUAUCUGCUGCAGCAGGAGGGGACAGCAGGAGAUAUGAGGAAACUGAGCCUUACUCGCAAUCUACAAUGCGACGGCCUACGCACCGCCAAGGGCAACUAAUCUUAGGUGGCGAAGACACUAAAUAAAAGACGAGCUCUCUGGCUACCUGACCGUGGAGAUGGUGACCAAUGCGCAGGGAAAGCGCUCGCUGGUCAAGUGCCCCAAGCUCCGC